AUUAUUAAUCUGAACUUGUUGUGAUACAGACAGCAAUUCAUCUAAGUUUAAAUAUAUAUUAAUUUGCUCAUCAUGGAUCUUUCUGGUAAAAAUGUAGUUUUCGUAGCCGGUUUAGGUGGAAUCGGGUUUGAGGCUUGUAAACAACUUAUGACCAGAAAUGUUGCUUAUUUAGCCGUAUUGGAUGUGAUGGAAAAUGCUAAAGCUGUUCAAUUCCUGCAAGCUAUGAAUCCUAAAACAAAAGUUAUUUAUAUGAAAUUUGAUGUCACUGACAAAACAUCGAUUAAAAACACAUUUAACCAACUCGUCAGCGUUAUGAAGUACAUUGAUGUGUUGGUAAACGGUGCUGGAGUCAUUGCGGACCGUAAUAUUGAACUCACCAUCAAUGUUAAUUUGAUUGGUCUUAUUAACACUACCAUGGAAGCACUUCCCUACAUGGACAAAACCCAAAAAGGUCGUGGCGGUGUUAUUUUAAAUAUAGCUUCGGUAUUAGGUUUGGAGCCAUGUUCGCCAAUUGCCGUCUACAGUGCAUCUAAGUUUGGUGUUGUUGGAUUUACACGUUCACUAUCGGAUCCUUAUUAUUAUAACCGUUCUGGAGUUGUAAUUACUGCACUUUGUCCUGGUCUUACUGAAAGUCCAAUGACUGCUAACCCUAAAAUUAGUGAUACAUUUGAAUAUUCAAAACCUUUAACUGACCAAAUAUUUUCUGCUCCACGUCAACCUGCUGCCAAGGCUGGAGAACAUCUGGUAAAAAUUAUUGAGAUGGCUCAAAACGGAACAAUGUGGAUAAGUGAUAAAAUGACAAUGACAAAGGUUGAGCCAAAACUUUUCUGGCAGCCUUAAACAAAAAUAUCUACAUUACAAAUUUAGAAACAAACCAAACAUUUUAAGAAAAACAUUAAUUAAUGUUAGAUAAAUAAAUUGUUUUCUAUGGGUAAAUUUCUAAAAA